UUUGGCGGUUUGUAAAACUGAAUCAGUUUUUAAGGAUGGCAGACUUUCUGCAGUUCGAUAUCGAUUUUUACCAAUCAAACUAUGCUGCUGACAGUCAAGGGGAAAGCUCUGGAAGAACCGAAGACUCCGGGAAAAAGUUCCAGCCAGGACCUUGGCUGCCAUCCGAUGCCUGUUCUUCUCAGCCACUUGAAGGCCAGAUCUUCCAACCCACCGAUGCUUCUCCGUUCCCAUCCAACCAGAGUUAUUUCGAUAGUUUUGAGAAUGAGCCACCAUUGCUUGAAGAGUUGGGAAUCAACUUCCACCACAUUUGGCAAAAAACAUUAACCGUGCUGAACCCCGUGAAGCCAGCUGAAGCCGCCAUUAUGAAUGAGACAGACCUGGCUGGGCCUUUGGUUUUCUGCUUGGCUCUGGGAUCCACGUGGCUCUUGGCAGGAAAAGUCCAUUUUGGCUACGUCUACGGCAGCAGUGUGAUCGGCUGCCUAGCCAUCCAUGCUCUGUUGAAUUUGAUGAGCCUUGUAGGGGUUUCCCACGGAUGCGUCGCCAGUGUGCUUGGCUACAGUCUAUUGCCCAUGGUGAUCUUGUCCACCUGUGCCGUAUUUUUCUCUUUGCAAGGCAUCCUUGGGACUCUGAUGGCCCUGAUCAUUAUUGGAUGGUGCAGCCUCUCAGCCUCCAAAAUCUUUGCUUCCACCUUGGCUAUGGAAGGACAACAGGUUUUGGUUGCUUAUCCUUGUGGUUUACUCUAUGGCCUUUUGGCCCUCAUAACCAUUUUCUGAGCUUUGCUGUCGUAGCAGGAUGUGGUGCAGGGGUGGGAUUCUACUGGU